CUGCCCGGGUCGCGCGCCUGCCCGCUCGCCGCAGCAGCCGGGAAUAUGGAGGAGCCUGGCAUGCCUCAUGAAUCAGCAGAGGAUUUAUUUCAUUUCAACGUUGGGGGCUGGCAUUUCUCAGUUCCCAGAAGCAAACUCGCUCAAUUCCCUGACUCCCUGCUGUGGAAAGAGGCUUUGGCCUUGACCUCUUCUGAAAGUCAGCGGCUAUUCAUCGACAGAGAUGGGUCCACGUUUAGGCACGUGCACUAUUACCUCUACACCUCCAAACUCUCCUUUUCCAGUUGUGCAGAACUGAACCUGCUCUAUGAGCAAGCACUGGGUUUGCAGCUGAUGCCUUUGCUGCAGACUCUAGAUAAUCUGAAGGAAGGAAAACACCAUCUACGUGUGCGGCCUGCAGACAUACCUGUUGCUGAGAGAGCAUCUUUGAACUACUGGCGAACGUGGAAAUGUAUCAGCAAACCCUCAGAAUUUCCUAUAAAAAGCCCAGCCUUCACAGGCCUACAUGAUAAGGCGCCUUUGGGGCUCAUGGACACACCACUGUUAGACACUGAAGAGGAAGUGCACUACUGCUUCCUGCCCCUCAACCUGGUAGCCAAGUAUCCGAGCCUGGUAACUGAAGACAACCUGCUGUGGCUGGCUGAGACUGUGGCCCUGAUUGAGUGCGAGUGCAGCGAGUUCCGCUUCAUCGUGAACUUUCUCCGCUCACAGAAGAUUUUACUACCAGAUAAUUUCUCCAACAUAGAUGUGUUAGAAGCGGAAGUGGAAAUUCUGGAAAUCCCUGAGCUCACUGAAGCCAUAAGCUUGUACCGGAUGAAUAUGGGUGGCUGUUCCCGGACCUCCUGCCCUCCCUUGAGCCCUGGGAAGGGGGGUCGCACAGCUGGCCUGGAGUCCGUGAAGCCCCUGUACGUGAUGGCCCUCGGUCUGCUCGUCAAGUAUCCAGACUCCGCGCUAGGACAGCUGCGUAUUGAGAGCACGCUGGAUGGAAGUAGACUGUACAUCACGGGGAACGGGGUCCUCUUCCAGCACGUCAAGAACUGGCUGGGGACUUGCCGACUGCCCCUGACUGAGACCAUUUCUGAGGUGUAUGAGCUCUGUGCCUUCCUGGACAAGAGGGACAUCACCUACGAGCCAAUGAAAGUGGCUCUGAAGACUCAUCUGGAGCCAAGGACUCUGGCGCCCAUGGAUGUGCUCAAUGAGGAGCGGACAGCAGAAAUCACUGUGUAUUCUCCUCAGCAGAUCGUCAAAGUUUACGUUGGAAGCCACUGGUACGCAACCACUCUGCAGACCCUGCUGAAGUAUCCAGAACUGCUGUCCAACACUCAGAGAGUGUACUGGAUCACCUAUGGACAGACCCUGCUGAUCCACGGCGAUGGCCAGAUGUUCCGACAUGUCCUCAACUUCCUGAGACUUGGAAAACUGUUUUUACCAUCUGAAUUUAAGGAAUGGCCCCUCUUCUGCCAGGAAGUGGAGGAAUACCAGAUUCCAUCCCUCUCAGAAGCCCUUGCCCAAUGUGAGGCAUACAAGUCAUGGAUCCAGGAGAAAGAAUCUGAAAAUGAAGAAGCUUUUCCCAUCAGGAGAUUGCACGUGGUGACAGAAGGGCCAGGGUCAGUGGUGGAGUUCAGCAGAGAUGCCAAAGAGACCACAAGCUGCAUGCCUGUGGAGUUCCAAGACUGCAGUGACAGGACAACAUGGAACAAGGCCAAGGGGACCCUGACCAGGUCCAGCCAGAUGGAGGAGGCUGAGCAGCACACCCGGACCAUCCAGGUGUCCCUGUGCCGAGCUACCAAGAGGGCGGGCAACCCCAGCACAUAUUCACACUGCCCUGGCCUCUGUGCCAACCCCAAACACUGGGAGGGCCACCCUGAGAGUCCCCCCAAGAAGAAGUGUGCCACAAUCAACCUCACACAGAAAUCUGAAACCAAAGACCCUCCUGUCACACCCAUGCAAAAACUCAUCUCCCUGGUGAGGGAGUGGGACAUGGUCAAUUGCAAGCAGUGGGAAUUCCAGCCACAGAUAGCCCCCCGGAGCAACUCGGAGGAGGAGGCUGCCCUGCAGGGAAGUGAGGCUGCUUCCCAGCCCAGCACCUCAGCUGCCUGGAAAACCCAUUACACAGGCUCCAAGAAAGACCCCAGUCCACAGGGAGGGGCUGGAGCUGGAGCCAAAGACAAGGGACCAGAGCCAACCUUCAAGCCAUACUUCCCCAUAAAAAGAGCUGUCACCUUGAACAACUGGGGCAAGCAGAGGUCAAAGGAGAGAGAAAACCCUGCCCCUGAGCAGCCCCUGCCUGAGGCCAGUGAAGUGGACAGUGCUGGGAUCAUCCUCAAAGUGACCCACCCCCCCGUGGUGGGCAGCGAUGGCUCCUGCAUGUUCUUUGAGGAAAGCAUCGUGUAUACUACACAGAUGGACCACCUCAGGCACAUGCCGCCCACAGCCAGCGCCCAGCCCCGAGAGGUGACUUUCUUGAGUUUCUCUCUGUCCUGGGAAGAGAUGUUUUAUGCACAGAAAUGUCACCGCUUCCUGACUGACAUCAUCCUGGAUUCCAUCAGACAAAAGGACCCCAAAGCCAUCACGGCCAAGGUGGUGUCCCUGGCCAACCGGCUGUGGACCCUGCAUAUCAGCCCCAAGCAGUUUGUGGUGGACUUGCUGGCCAUCUCCGGCUUCAAGGAUGACCGGCACACCCAGGAACGCCUGUACAGCUGGGUGGAGCUCACACUGCCUUUCGCCAGGAAAUAUGGCCGCUGUGUGGACCUGCUCAUCCAGAGGGGCCUGUCUCGGUCUGUCUCCUACUCGAUCCUGGGCAAGUACUUACAAGAGGGCUAGGGUGCCCAGAGAUGUUGCCCCACAGACCACCACUGGCCAAGGCUCAUUUUAACUGAGAAUGCCCCCAGAAAGCAUGUGCCCAGCCGAGGGUGUUUGUUAGUCUACUUUUUAUUGUAAACAAAUAAAAGAGUAAACCACAA